CACACUUCAAAGUGCCUCUGCUGCAGCCUGCAAGGCAAAGUUUCCUGUCUCUGGUGCCCACAGCAGCAAGUUGAGGGAGGCUCCUUUUGUAGAUGUGGAAAGGACAAUUUGUGAUGGGAGCAUUAAGGGAUGAAAAGCUUUGGCGAGGAAAGAAUUUAUUGAAGUGCAUAAAUAUGGAAGGAGGCACCAAGACCAUCCAGCCGUGUAGGAACCCAGCCACGGCUGAGCCACCUCCUCCUGCAAGCACUGAAGUGUAGGGCACACAGACCCACAUGCAGCCACCCGAAGUGCCCCUCUUUAACCAGCUCUGUUUCAAACGCCACACUGAAGUGCCCCAAGUUUUCAUUUCUGCACUUAAAAAGUAAAGCACAAAAACACUUUCCUUAAUUCACCUGGAGGCAGCUCCUGGGUUUAUGGGAGGAGCAGGUUUUCAUGGCAAAUGUGUGCAAGUGCACGAAGUGAGCCCAGCUCCACUCAAAAAUCCUUGCAGCGCUUCUCUCCCCCUUUAUUUGCCUCCGCACUGCCUGCACGGAGCAGGCUGCAAUUAUUGGCCACUUACUGCAGAGCAUUCUCCAAAGUGUCAAAAGGAGACCUGGCAGAAAAUGCUGCUCCCUGAGCAGAGGCUGGAGGAGCAGUUCCACGAAGUCUUUGCGUUAACAGCACUCACAGAAAGGCAGAUGGGAGCAGAAAAUGUUGCGAUGAAGAAUAUGGAAUGAGAUGAGAUCACAGCAUCGGUCUGGCCUUUGUAGGUCUGGACAAUGAUCAGAGAGCCAGAUUGGAUUAGUGAAACCUAUUUACCAGAAGUUCAGAGUGCUUGCAUGAAGCUGAAAGCCAGUCGGGAGGGAGAGGUGGAAAAUGCACCAGAUUUACAGCUGCAGCGACGAGAACUUGGAGGUUUUCACCACCGUCAUUUCAUCCAAAACCUGUAGCCCUGCCCGCAGACGAGCCAAAGGCACUCAGCACUUCCUGACCAAGAGUGUCGUGGCCAUAUCAGACCACCGGCCGCAGCGAGCAGAGCAGCUGCAGCCCCAGGGUGAGCUCCUGCAGGCGCUGUACAGUGACGAUGAGGUGCGAGGCUUGGGGCACCUGCAGAGCGGGCAGAGGGGGCCCUGUCCCACCAAGGUGGGACUUGCCGAACGAGAGCCAGCCAGAUUCUGCAACCACCUGUUGGAUGGAAAGUCUUCAUCCCCACCAUCACCAGUUGCCCGUAUCACAGCGAGAGCAGCAGCUGGCAGAGGCUCACCUGGAGGCCACAACUCUUCUACACAAGAGCACAGGCAGCACUGGAGGAAGACAGCAGAGUAUGACCUGACCCUGCCCCCUGCAGCAGAAGCCUCUCUGCCGCUGACGGGAGGCAGCCUGUGUGGCACCCCCAGCCUGCUCAGGAAGCUCUGGAUCAAGCACAAGAAGAAGUCAGAGUACCUGGGGGCAACAAACAGUGCCUUUGAGGCAGACUGAGGAGGCUCAGCGUCACCUGGAGAGACAGAAGGUCCUUUAGGCAGGACAAGGUGGUGCAGGAUUGACGGGCAACAGCCACAGCACAGCGCGUCCAGAAACAACAUCCCCCAGAUCGCUCAAUGCCAUUGCCUCAGAGCAGUGGCAGAAAGGAUGGCUGAGGGGACAUGGUGAACAAUUAUCUCACCAGGCCUCCUUUGUUGCAAUCUACUAAAGUCCCAAGAACCCCACUAGAUUUGUCUGAACUCAGUGCUGAACCCUCUGCUGGCCCAUGCUCCAUUUGACAGCUCCUGUCUGAACCAGCUCAGAAUCACAACAGAAGCCUCCCGAGAGGUUUGUGUCUUUCUGCAAGCCAAAAGAUGAAUUCUGGAGUGUCAGCCCACCCCAGGGAGCUGAUGUGGUGCACCACUGCUUGUCAUCUUCCCCCCUGAAUCACAAGACUAAAACCACCUCACAAGAUAAAAACAUCCCUUGGCUGAGUGGCAUGCCCUGGACAGCUUUUUUCCUCCAGUUUUGAUGUUCCAAGACAGGAGUAAAAGAUGAAGAAGUGUUCAAAGUCAGAACUGAGCAAGCUUGCAAACACAUUUACCCAGCUUUGCUAUGGGACAAGGCUGGGGUCUCCAGCAUCCUGCCAACUCACACUAUGAGCAGCUGGGUGACCUCAGGAGAUACUUCCUUCCACAGAAGCUACUGGUGUGCUCUUGGAUGGUCAACAGCUUGCAGACUGCUCUCUCCUCCUUACCAAAGGCAAAAGUCCUUCUCUGGCCCAGCAGCCUGGCAGAGGGAUGAUUUGCUCUCCUGCUUUCCUUUCUUCCUUCUGGAAGGAAAGAAGGAGGACACAGCUCUUGGUUAACUAUGUGCUGAAAAGCCCCAGCUGCUGACAAGGCAAGGAGAAGAGGUAAUGGUGGCCUGGAACUGAUGUGCAAGAGCAACGCUGCUGCCUGCUGAAGGCUGCAAUGCUGCACAGCACCAGAAAGCUUUCUCACAAGGCUCUGCCCCACCUUUACAUCAGACCACAAGACAUUGUCAUGGUGUUAUAGUCCAGAUACCAUGGCCCUGCCAGCAUCAGCUCCUCUACAACUGAACCAGGCUGCAGCCACGGCUGAGCUUCCCCUGAAAUGUCUUCUACAGACUCCCCACCCCCACCAGACAGACCUCCCCAGCACACAGAAAUCCUGCCAGAAGCCUUGGGAGACUGUGCUCUGUGUGUGUGUGCAUAGGCAAACCUGACAAACUCGGUGGGGCUCCUCGCCCAGCAAUGCUUAUGCUCAAGUAGGGAGAACAGCAACCACCAGGUCACUUUUUUGAUCUUGUUCCCUCAGCAAAACAAAAUCAAAGAUGGACACAGCCUGAGAAAAAGUCCAUUUCCAGCAUUUGGGGUAACUAAGACAAUGAGCAUUUGUGGUACCUGCGCUUGUAGCUAGCACCACCCAUAGAGCAGCCACCACACAGCCCAGGGCAGAAGAGUUUUGUCUGUGGAGGAAGCUGUAUUGUAGUGGUUUGUUUGCUACCGAAUAGCUUUAAGCAGUAUGAGGGUGGAGGUGAAGAGGAGAUGCUUCAUGUUUCUACCUAGGAAUUGCUGUAUCUUGAAAUAUGUAUUUAUUGCUUUCUUAUUUAUUUAAUUUAUAAUCUGAGUCUACAAGAGGAGAGACUUCCAAGAGGCAUGUUUGCUUGCUUUGUAUUCCAGGACCUACUGUGGAGAUUUCUUGUGCUGUGGUAGCUGACUCAGCCAAUAAA